AUGGCUACUAGGACUCAAUUUGAAAACUCUAAUGAGGUUGGUGUGUUCUCCAAGUUGACCAACACAUACUGUUUGGUUGCUGUUGGUGGUUCUGAGAACUUCUACUCUGCUUUUGAAGCUGAGUUGGGUGACUCUAUUCCUAUUGCGCACACCACCAUUGCUGGUACACGUAUUGUUGGUCGUAUGACUGCUGGUAACCGUCGUGGUCUUCUAGUGCCAACCCAAACCACUGAUCAGGAGCUACAACAUCUAAGGAACAGUUUGCCGGACUCUGUUAAGAUCCAAAGAGUAGAAGAAAGACUAUCCGCAUUGGGUAAUGUUAUAUGUUGUAAUGACUACGUUGCGUUAGUACAUCCUGACAUCGACCGUGAGACCGAAGAGUUGAUCAGCGAUGUCCUAGGUGUUGAAGUCUUCAGACAAACGAUAUCUGGUAAUAUUCUAGUUGGUUCAUACUGUGCCUUGAGUAACCAAGGUGGUCUAGUGCAUCCACAAACAACUAUCCAGGAUCAAGAAGAAUUGUCCUCUCUAUUACAAGUCCCAUUGGUUGCGGGUACCGUGAACCGUGGUAGUGCCGUUGUUGGUGCUGGUAUGGUUGUCAACGACUACCUUGCCGUGACGGGUCUUGACACAACUGCUCCAGAGCUAAGUGUUAUCGAAAGUAUCUUCAGGUUGCAAGACGCUCAACCAGAUGCCAUCUCCGGAAACCUACGUGAUACUUUGAUUGAAACUUAUUCUUGA